CGAAACGAGGUGUCCGGCGGUCGCUGCCAUUUCGCUCUGCGAAGAAACCGCGAGGGAGCGUGCCUGCCGAGCUGAGCAGGGGCAGGCGCAAGCGCCGAGCGAAAGCAUCCCUCGUCAGCGUCGCCCCCGCCCCGCAGCCGCUCCGCAGGAAGGAAGGAAGGAAGGGAGCAGAGCAAUGGAGAGGGCGGUGCCGGUGCGGAAGCCGCACACCUCCACGGCCGACCUGCUCACCUGGUCGGCCGCGGGCCCCGACGCGGCCGCGGGGGCCUCGCCGGCCGCGUCCUCCCGCCCCAGCCUCAAGCCGGCGGCGGGGAUCACGCCGGCGAUGUUCGGCGCGCCGGUGAGCGAGCAGGAGGCCGAGGAUCUGAGCAAGAGUGAAAGGAAAUUUUGUUCUGGAUCAAAAUUGAAAGAAAUGAGUGGCAGUGGCAUCUUCGCUGAAAAGAGUGAAAAUGGUGACUCAGAGGCUUCAAAUCAUGCAAACAAAACUUCUGUAAGGAUGUACCAGCAAACUGUGACUGGAAUAAGCCAAAUCUCAUUUAGUGCUGAUGGAAGUGUUUCACCGAAGAAGCCAUCUUCGAUACCUGAAGUGGCUAAGCAGCGAGAGCUUAGUGGUACUCUAGAAGAUGCUGAUGCUAAAAUCAAUAAGCAGCUUUCUGAAGCCAAGACCAAGGAGCUUAGCGGGAGUGACAUCUUUGGUCCACCUCCUGAGAUUCCUGCCAGGCCAUUGGCUGCUCGUAACAUGGAGCUUCAAGGAAAUGUGGACUUCUCACUUCCACAGAGGAGCGUCCACACAUCGGUUAAAGUAUCUCAUCCUGCCGGAGGACCAAGCAACAUCUCCUUCAGCGAAGAGCCUGUGGUGAAGACAGCAAAGAAAAUCCACAACCAGAAGUUCCAGGAACUGACAGGCAACAACAUAUUCAAGGAGGAAGCCCCUGCCUCGGCUGAGAAGUCUCUGAGCUCCGCGAAGCUGAAGGAGAUGAGCGGCAGUGACAUCUUCGCUGAUGGAACACCUGCUCCUCGAGAAUACCUUGGCGGCGUCCGGAAGCCCCCUGGUGGCGAGAGCAGCAUCGCACUGAUCUAAUUGUUGUCGUCUGCUCUAAUCCGGACUGGCUAGCUGCCCCUUGUCACUGAAGCGCGUGGCAUGUGCAUUUCUUGACCUCCCAGUUCUUUAAUUGUGCUCGGGGAUCUUAAUUUAUGCUGGGUAUCUUUAGUCUAAUAUAAUGUAGAGUCAGCAGAAUCUGACUCGAUCACUUGCCUCGUAUCUGAUACGCCUGUGUGCGAUCUCAUCUUCGGUUUGUGCUACUUAUAUGUAAUAGUCCCUCCGAACUGAGAACUUGUGCAAUAAGUAUUUUGAACUCAUUUCUGUUCUUA